AUGAAGCGCCCGACGCCGGAAGCAGUGGACGAUCCAUCCACAUCGCCAUGGUUCGUCACGACUAUGGCGGGGUUUGUUGGUUCCGACUUUGAUCACGAAGAAGAAGAUGGCUCGGACGGCACGUGGACAUUCGAUUGCUACCCAGACUGCGACUCGGGAGAUGUCGUGGUCAAAGUCUCGCGCAGCACAAGUCUCGGAGCACCGACGGUGCUCACGAUCACACUGCUACCACACAACCCACUUGUUGCGUCCGCGAUGUCGGAACAGGUCCAGCAGAGUGUCUUGUUGGACGGUGAUGUGACCGAGCCAACAAAUGUCUCGAUAUACCACAUGUCGUCCUUGAUGGAGCAACCGAAUCCGUACGUGUCCCCGAUGACAGGCAAGUUUGCGCUGAAACUGUCUGUAUGCUGGGCUGCCCUCGACGCGAAUGAGGUCCCAGUAGCACCCACGACCACGAAACGCGUCAAGACAGGAACAGGGGGCAGCCCAACAGGUUUCGACGAUGCCACCGUUCUUGACUCGGACCUGUCUCUUCUCGACCCGCCACUGGGCGAUGGGUCCAAGUCUGAUGCAGGACUGGGCGAUUUAACCAUGAACGUCAACUACGACUCCAAAGUCGCCACAGGGAUGGUCGGGUUGAAGAAUCAAGGCGCCACAUGCUACAUGAACUCUUUACUCGAGACACUGUUCUAUCUCCGUCCAUUCCGCAAAGCUGUGUACGACACUCCCACCGCCGACGACGACAGCACCAACUCGGUUGCGUUGGCGCUUCAGCGCGUCUUUUAUCGGCUUGAAACAUCCGUGAAAGCAGUGAGCACCAAGGAAUUGACCAAGGCGUUUGGGUGGUCCCACAUGGAUGCUUUCACUCAGCAUGAUGUCCAGGAACUGUACCGCAUUUUGUGCGACCGUCUCGAAGACAAGAUGAAAAACACACCCGUCGACGGACUCAUUCCGGCGCUGUUUGAAGGAAAAGUCACGUCAUUUGUGUCGUGCGUAAACGUCGACUGCACGUCGAGUCGAGAGGAGUCGUUCUACGAUCUCCAGCUCGAUGUCAAGGGAUGUGCCAACUUGGACGCAUCGUUUGAAAAGUUUGUCGAAGUCGAAAUGCUCGACGGCGACAACCAGUACGACGCCGCCAACGGGUUUGGCAAGCAAGAUGCGAAGAAAGGCCUGAGCUUUCAAUCGUUCCCGCCAAUUUUGAACAUUCAACUCAAGCGGUUUGAGUAUGACCCGAUGCGGGAUGGGAUGGUCAAAAUCCACGACCGGUUUGAAUUUCCAAAGGAAUUAAACCUUGCGGCGUACAUGGCCAAGAGCGCCUCGCCCGACUCGACCAAAUACCACUUGCACAGCAUCCUGGUGCAUUCGGGGGACGUCCACGGCGGCCACUACUACGUGUACAUUCGGCCCCACGGCCAAGAUCCGACCAACACGACCUGGUUCAAGUACGAUGACGAGCUCAUUUCGGCGAUCGACGAAAGCGUCGUGAUGGAAACGAGUUUCGGCAGUCCGUAUGCGGGCAUGUCGUCGUUUAGCAGCGCGUACAUGCUGGUAUACGUGCAAACGGGUGUAGGAACAGUCGAGCAUUCGAUUCCGACCGCGCUGGCGACGCGGUUUCAAGCAGAAGAAGUCGCAGCCCGAAGGCGCAAGCGGUUGGCUCAAAGAGAGCACUUGUUCCUUCAAGUCCGCAUUGCCACGGAUGAUGCCGUCAGUCGGUUCCGGCGCUACACUCGAUCUUUGGAUUUUGUGGUGUUGUCAAAACCCAAUAAAUGUUCGCAGCAUUUGGUAUCAUGCAAAGUGCUCAAAGCCAAUACGCUCCAACAACUUUACGGCCAAAUUCACAUGGAAACCGGCGUCCCCAUCAACGCGAUGCGGCUGUGGAAAAUGGCGACGCGCGAAAACCAAACCACACGGCCGGACGAACCCCUCGAUAAUUUUCCCAUGGAGUCGACGUGCGCCAUGGUGCUGGAGGAGGACGUGCACACAAAGCAAGUGCUCUUGUUUCUCGAGAUUCUAGACGCCCCCCAAUCACUGGGCCGCAUCAAGCGAUUCCACAUGCAAUCGUUCACACCUUUGAUUCCGGACUCAAAGCCAGCGGACCCCCUCGACGAGAUCGAUGACGACCUGGCCCCUCCCCAACUCCACCCGCUCGCCAUUCAAGCCGCGACCAAACGCGUGCCCCAGCCCGUGCCCCAGAACUCGAUUCUGCUCUUCCUCAAGCGAUAUGACCCGUCUGUGCCCAACAUGGACGACCGGUUGACUUACGUUGGAAACAUUGUCGUUGCACACGACGCGACCGUGUCAAAACUAACCGAGCUGAUCCAGCACUUUGUCGACGCCCGAGACCAGCCACUCGACAUCUACGAACAACUCCAGCCCGAAGCAAUCAACUUGCUCGACUCCUCCACCGCGACCCUGCUGGAAUGCGAACUCCAGCACGGCGACAUCUUGAUCUUCCAGAACGAGACAAACGCCAUGUCAAUCCCUAUCGAAGAUCCGGCCAACUUGACCAAGGGACCAACUGACCGACAGUACCCGACUGCGCCGCUGUACUUCGAAUACCUCCUCAACCGCAUCGACGUGGUGUUUUGUCGUGUCACUGUGGGGCCCUCGACCGGCAUCACUUGUGCCAACACGGCCGCAAUCACGCUGACGUGCCUUCUGACGCAGUCCUACGACGACGUCGUUGCGCAGCUCGCCGUCCACGUCUCCGACGCCAUCGACGCCCUUCACCUACGGUUGUACCCGCACAGCACGUCACUGAAAGGUCCCAAGGACUCGCCAUUCCAACAUCGUCUGUGCACGGGCGACCAGAUGGCGCUGCGGGGCAUGAUCGACAACUUUACGACCAACCACCACGCGUACUCGUUGUACUACGAAGUGCUGCCGUCGCUUUCAAUCGUGGAGGUCGAGCGAAAAGUCAAGUGGUCGGUGCACUUGUCACCGUACGAGCCAUCGUUUCACGGCGUGUUGGAGAUGGAUUUGCUCUUGGAUCCAACGGACACGGUCGCCGUCGCUCUUGCGAUGCUGCAAACACAGCUCGCGGCGGCCACGUCCCUGUCCGCGUCGUCGCAGUCCCCACCACCACCGCCCACUCGAUCUGUCACGCUGCACCUCAUUGAAACCAGGGAUCGCUCGACGGUUCUCAAACUGAUCUCGCCCAAGACUCUGGUCGCGAAUGUGUUGUUGAUUCCGAGCGCCCCGUUGUUUGUUGACGCUACGCCCACCGACGACGAGCGAGGACCGAGCCUGGGCGUGGUUGGAGUCAUGCACUACCACUCGAACGCGGCCACAUGGAUCCAUACGCACAGUACACCGUGCAUCGUCGAGCUGUUUCAAGCGGACACGGUGCGGCACGUGCGGCAGAGGCUGCAGCAAAGGAUGCACGUCCCGGACGAAGAAUUUCUCGGUUGGAAACUCGCCGCGAUUUGUGACCACAAGGCGUUCCAGCUCGGCGCGGCGACUGGGACCGAGCCUGAGUACGACACAAUGCGCGUGACGGAAUGGCUGGACAAGUUGGGGCUGCGGUUCGGCAAGACUCUGUGUUUGGGCUUGGAGCACGCGCCCGCGCCGCUCAAAAUGGACCCACCGCGGCGUCGCCAGGAGCUCGGGAUCAAAAUCCGAGCGAGUUAGACAUCGUCAAUAGUCAACCAACAUGAGCCAGUCCACACCA